AUGAAGUUGGACAUUGUCGGGAAUCAGAGUCCAAUCAGCAACGACAUCACGGACAGAGUGAUAGAGAUCGAGGCCAUUAUGUGCACAAGGCCAUUUCUUGUUCACGCCGACAUCGACGUUGUAUGGGAUCCGCAGAGCCCGGACCUUAUCGCCACUUCACGGAGACGUCGACGGCGUGGUGAUGCAGAAUGUGUUGCAUUCGCACGCUGGCACAAUGAUGAACCAGAACUUGAUAGGCGACAUUGUCAAGUCCAUGAACGACGCAUGAGCAUCCAUGGGGGCGAACCUAUCAACACCAACGAGGUCACCGAGGGCUCAGACAGAAUCGACGAGAUCCUCAUUAUUCUAAGGUCGAUCAUAAUGACGAUAGAGAGUCUUGACAGGACGGUGAGUAUGAUCAACACCACGUUACAUGAGCAGGAAUAUAAACACACUCAUGCCGAAGAACUUGGCCAGAAUCCAGAUUCCAACGCCCUCAGAAUGGGGAGCUCGCCCGCCUUCAGGAUCUUGAUCGCAGACACGAAUCGAGAAUACGUAGGAGCACGCGCUCAUCUUCUUCAGGUCUGCGAUCGCCUUCAUCACGAAGCCGGAGCCGCCUACAAGCGCAGGUAG